AUGGAUAAUAUUGACUGGAGUCCAGCAAUUUCAAUUAGCGAAUUUAAACCGGACAAUUAUUCUGACUCUGACGAAACCAGUGAAAGUGAUAAGUGCCUUGAAAUUCAAAUGGAUGUCAGCGACAACGAAGAUUCUCUUUCCGUCUUUUUCGAUAAGGGUCAUGAAGAACCUCAAUCACCAAUGACAAAUGACAGACGAAAUGAACCAUUGAGAAUAAAUCAACAAAUACCAAAUGUGCAGGUACUGACACCUAAAUGGAAAAGCAUCAUUACCAUGAGAAGAUUCAGUGAAAUGAGUAUGGAAACGGACUCAAUUGACAACAUGUCGACGCGGCUCUUAUUAAAUCAAGACGAUUACCAACUAUCUCAAGAGGUGUCAACGCCAAGAAACUCCGUGUCAUCGAUCUCCUUUUCCCCAGCUCAUACAUCGAUAAAAACAGUCUUUCAAAUGCCAAAUCCUGUUGAAUCUGGAAUCUCAACCGCUAACGCGGCGAAGUUAACUAAUGAGACUAAUGAUGUGAACCCAAAGGACACUUCUUCUAAUAUAAAUUAUGAUGCCUCAACUAGUAAGCUUGAGAAUGUUGGUUCUGCUGGCGACAAAUCUCAACUACAAGGGAAAACAUUGGAAGGUGAAGAGGAAAUUGCCGAAGAAGAAACCCGGAGACUUAAAAAAGAAUCUGAUACCCUUUAUCAAAAGACCAAGAUGCUCUACGAAGAAAUCAAAGCUGAAAAAGCAGCCGUUAUGAAAGAAAAACUUGAAACACCGAAGCCCAUCUUGGAUCACUUCGUAGAUUAUGAUUCUGAGAAUACAGAUGAUGAGGACUUCAGUGGAGAUUACUAUGAAAAGCAUCUUAAAUAUAUCGAGUUCCAUAAGAAAAAGUCAGUCUACAGGAAGAAAAGGAGUGCAAUCAUUAAAUGGAUGAAGUUAGGAUGGGAAGUUAAAGCAAGAGAAGAUAUGAAACGUGCGGUCAUUGGUCCGAGUUCCAUGACUGGCCAAGGAAAUCCAAUUGUUGGUGAUAGUUCGGAUGAAUUGCUCCAUGGAAAUUACGACAAGUUAAUAUCUCUUCUUACCAAGAGCUUUGAAAAUUUAUCCAGUAACUCCUGUUCGCUUCAAGAAAGACAGCUACUUACUCUUGGAGAGAAAGUUUUAGAGUCAAUUGAAACUAAAAUGGGUAAAGUUGUUGAACAGCUUCUAGAUGUAUACGGCAGAAAAACCGAUGGUAAAGAAAACAAGUCGAAACAAGACUGCCAACAAGAGGAAGAUCGAGCUAAAAACCAUCCCGCUGAUGUAGAUAAUGAAGACGAUGGCAAUAAUCAUGAUGAACACCCCAAAGAUCAAAUGACUGACACCUCUGACCUUCUCAAAUUACGAGACCAGUCGACUCUUACCACUGAUGAAGAGAGAGUUUUUAUUGACAAGUCAAUCAACACCGAGUGUCACCCAUUAUUGACACCUCAGGAAAAACUCUUAACAAAGUCGACUCAAGUCAGUGUCUACGAUAUGAUAAACUGGGAUUCAUCUGAAGACCCAAGUCCACUUGACGUACUCUUCGCAACGUCAAAUCCAUCUGGUGUGAUCACUUUAAAAGACUUGGUGAAGUUAACUAAUAAACUGCAGAAACAGAUAAAGGAGAUACAAGAGAACGUUAGUUCAUAUUCCGAUAGAGUGAUAAUUGGCAAAACGUCUUGGGACGAAAAUCUUCUUGGCGACACUGUUGAAAACAUCGAUCAGAUAAUGGAAAUCUUAAUCAUAGAUAAAGCUGAAAAUGGAAAAAUCAGCGAUGAUACGGCUAUUAGGAUUUCAAAUGAGUUUCUUGAUGAAGAAAUUGAGGAUAGACUGAACAAUCCUCCGAAAGUAAUCACGAUCUCUGCUCCUAUUAUUAAAACAACGAGGGACGCUCGCCAGGAGGCAUUUUCUACCGACCUGGUGGAUACGUUGUCACAAACCCCUGACAGCCCUUAUAAACUGAUCUCAACUUCAGCGUCGGAGGUUAACUCUAAAUGUGCCAGUGAAAAGAUGGAACGUCAGCUCAGCAAAAAAUCCACUUGGCAGUCAGUUAAGAAACCUUUGCUUACAUCAGAUACCGAGAAACCUAAUACUGACCCUUCGAAUGAAGUAAAUAAUACCCAAGAGGAGUCAAAUGAUCUCCAUGACGCGAGCCAAUUGAAGAAAAAGAUAAAGGAAAUGAGAGUCUCACUGGCGGUUGUGACGGGUACGAGCAAAAAACGUCCUCGUAGCCCAUCAGCGGAAAAAGACAAUGAUUUAAUUCAGUCAAAAAAGCAAAGUAAAAAUCGGGAACAGACUGAAUCUGUUGGUAACUCUGGUGUCGGUGAAACAUCUAAGCCUCAGCCCCAAAGUAAAAUCUCAAACCCUGUUGCGAGUAACAAUCCAAAACCCUUACAACAGAAUAAAGUCACAACAGGUAGCAUAGUGAAUAUUGCAAAGCUUCAGCUUCAAUCCCAAUCAACCAAAACACAAAGUAAUAGCAUGAAUGUUACUCCUAAAAAAGUCAGUCCUGAUCAUGUACCCACAACUCCGCAACCAAACAAAGCGAAGAACGUCACUCUUAAAACUAAGCCAAUUGACAAAGGUAAAAAGGUUGUUGGCAUGAUGAAAACAAAGGCCAGCAAGAAAUCGUAUCCAGAGACUGAUGAAGAUUCUAUUGACAGCGAAGACGACUGGCUUGGGGACAAAGUGAAACUCACCCCAACAAAGAACGAGGCAAAGGCAACCAGGAGUAAAGCUGAACCACUUGUAGAGUCAGAAUUCCGUCAUCGACGUAUAUAUCAUACAGAUGAAGAGACUCGAAAGCUUCAAGUUCUCGCUGAGAAAGUUGUUAUUACUCAACGAGUUUUCGAAGAGACUCAGCUCAGAUGGAAAACCUUUUUAGAUCUUGCACGGAUUGUGAGAAAGAUGUCAGAAUAUUCUGAACCAUCAACACAAAAGAAAAUCUUUCGUCGUAUUCAACGGACAGUUUCUCAAGCCGAGGAAAACCAACUCAAAUUUCUAGUCUUCGAUAAAACAAAUGGACAAGUAAUUGUUGACGAAAACAGCGAAUAA